AAAAGUACAUUUUAAAACUUCUCUCAGUUGAAUCCAAUCACAUAGAAUGUAAAUUGUUGAAAUAUUUAACCAUUUCCCUACCCGCCUCCACCAACGCGGGGUUCCAGCACCAACGACAUGUCACUCCUACCAUGAAAACCCAAAAAAACCCUACAGAAAAGAAAAAGAAAAAAGAAAAGAAAAGAAAAAAAAGUAGCGUAUUCCAUUCUAUUCUAUUCCAUUCGAAACUCGCACUGGCUUCGCUCCCCCUCUUUUCUCUCCCUGCUGCCUUCCUCUGCCCACAACGAUAUCAAACGAGAAAAUCUAUAAUACGAUAUUCGAUUUGUGUUUGAUAUGAGUGAAAUCAAACUAAGGUAUUAAUGUUGCAACUGCCAAGAUAAUUCUCCCGCAAUGUUUGAAGGAUUGGUUCAUCAGUUGCUUCUGGGUUACCUGGGACGAUAUUUCAAAGAUAUCCAGAAAGAGCAACUGAAGAUUAGGCUCGAGGAAGUACUACUGGAGAAUGUAGAGCUGAUACUUGAUGCAUUUGAUUAUCUCCAGCUUCCCUUUGCACUAAAACAAGGUCGAGUUGGAAAGUUAAGCAUAAAAAUUCCAUGGAAAAAGCCUUGGGACCCCAUUAUAAUAAUUUUAGAGGAUGUCUUUAUUUCUGCAUCACAGCGAGGUGAUCAAGAGUGGAGUGCUGAUGCUGUUGAAAAAAGAGAAUUUGCUGGAAAAAAGGCGAAGCUAGCAGCAGCAGAGUUGGGAAAAUUGUCCAGACGUGUGUGCGGUAGUCAAGCUGGACAAUCGUUCAUUUCUCAUGUCACUACAAAGAUCCUUGACAGCAUUCAAGUAGACAUAAGGAAUUUUCACGUAUUAUACAGUGAUAUGCAGAAUGAUAUGGGGCAUGUUAUGUUUGGUUUAAAGUUUACUAGCUUGACCAUGAAGCAAAAAUCUUAUGGGUAAUGCUCUUUUAUUUUCGUCUUACUUUUAUAAUUAGACCUUUUCUUUUUUUGAAGAUUUGUAGACAGGUUUUUUCUGGAUCUAUUUCGGGGCUGUGGAAUAUUUAGUCUUAAUGUUUUCAUGAUUGUAUUCUCGAGUUUGUCAUGAUAUCUCUGGAAUAUUUGGUUUGAAAGUUACUUCA